AUGUCUCUUGGAACAGACCAGCCGAUGCCCCGCCGCCGUCGAUACUCGGGCGCAAAUGCUGUCGAAAUCAUCAAAAGCCCAGUUGUAUCUAUACCUCCGCCGCGGCCCAAAUCUACUCCCCCGACAGAGCGACCCAAGCAGCGACGGAGGCAUCAACUCGAGUCAGACUCAGAAAAGGAGGAGAUGCAAAUCGACGCGGAUUCGGACAGUAGUUCCUCCGAUCCUUCUUCUCCUGUCGACAACGACGCACACAUCCCCCUUGCAGACAGGCCUACACGACCUCUUCCCGCGAAAGCGCGAAAAAUGAUGAACAACGGCUCCAACAACCCCCUCCAUCAGGCCGCCAAUCCCCACAUGCUGCCUGUCCAGGCGCAUGUACCCAAGGGCGGCGUCGCAUCGAGCCAACGGCGACUGUUCGUCGUGUUGGAGCAAGCUUGUCUAGAAGCAUAUCGGGUUAGCAGUGGGGGACGAGGCAAGAACGGGCGGGAGGGUGAUGUCAAGUAUGCUUUAUUGAACUGCGACGAUCAUCAAGGCAUUUUGGCAAAGACGGGGAGAGACAUUGCGGAUGCGAGGCCGGAUAUCACACACCAGUGUCUCUUGACACUGUUAGACUCUCCUCUCAAUAAAGCCGGUCUCCUUCAAGUCUACAUACACACCGCCAAGGGCGUCCUUAUCGAGGUAAACCCGCAUGUGAGAAUACCACGGACCUUCAAGCGAUUCAGUGGAUUGAUGGUUCAACUUCUGCACAAGCUAUCAAUUCGAGGAGUAAAUGGUCCAGAAAAGCUCUUGAAAGUGAUCAAGAACCCCGUCACUGAUCAUCUCCCCGUUAACACCAUCAAGUUGACACUUUCCGGUGAUGCACCGACAAUGCGAUUGUCAAAAUUCCUUCCAACUCUUCCGGAGACACAUUCAAUUGCUGUUUUCGUUGGUGCCAUGGCUCGGGGAAAAGAUGAUUUUGCAGACGGGAUUGUCGACCAAAAAAUCAGUAUCAGUGAUUACCCGCUGAGCGCAUCGGUGGCUUGUGGAAAGAUCUGCUGCGCACUCGAAGAACUUUGGGACAUUGUCUGA